AUGAUGUGUGGCUCUGUGGGGUCAAGUAUGAUGUGUGGCUCUGUGGGAUCCAGUAUGAUGUGUGACUCUGUGGGAGACAGUCUGAUGUGUGACUCUGUGGGAUACUGUAUGAUGUGUGGCUAUCUGGGAUACAGUAUGAUGUGUGGCCCUGUGGGAUACAGUGUGAUGUGCGGCUCUGUGGGAUACAGUGUGAUGUGCGGCUCUGUCGGAUACAGUAUGAUGUGCAGCUCUGUGGGAUACAGUGUGAUGCGUGGCUCUGUGGGAUACAGUAUGGUGUGUGACUAUGUGGGAUACAGUAUGAUGUGUGCCUCUGAGGGAUACAGUAUGAUGUGUGACUUUGUGGGAUACAGUAUGAUGUGUGCCUCUGUGGGAUACAGUAUGAUGUGGGGCUCUCUGGGAUACAGUAUGAUGUGUGGCUGUGUAGGAUACAGUAUGAUGUGUGGCGCUGUGGGAUACAGUAUGUGUGACUCUGUGGGCUACAGUAUGAUGUGUGGCUCUCUGGGAUACAGUAUAAUGUGUGACUGUGGGAUACAGUAUGAUGGGUGGCUCUGUGGGAUACAGUAUGAGUGA